AUGACCCAUUGGCGUGCACUCGGUUUGUCUUAUUUGCGAUUUUCGUCGAUCGCCGCCAAACAGGUCCGCAAAGCCAUUAAAGCUGACCUGAGGCCCGACCCUCUUCGGGAGUCGUCGACUAUCAAAAAGAUCAAAGUGGAGAUCAAAAUAAUAAAUCCAUUGAUGAAAAAUGGGUCAAAAAAGUAUCCAAUUUAUCUUCAAUAUGGACUCUUUGGUAAUGUAGAUCAAUGGUUAAUCUCAACGCAUGGAUACUUAUACCAAAACGGCAGUUAUAUUGAAGAUAAUGGCGAAGUCAAUGAUUGCACAUUAAGUAGAUAUGUGGCCCAAAUACUACCACUUGUAUUGUCCUCUUGUGGUUAUGAUGUCUGGUUAGGCACUAUAAGAGGCACUCAAUAUUCAUCUCACAUUACUUUAGAUAAAACUGAUGAUAGGUUUUGGUCAUUUACAAUGGAUCAUUAUACUCAUGAUUUAUCAACUAAUAUUGACUAUAUUUUGCGUCAAACAAAAUUUGAAUCAAUUGGUUAUAUCGGAUAUUCAAUGGGCAGUACAAUGAUGUUUCAAUUGUUAUCAAAACAGAUACAAUAUUCACAAAUAAUUAAACCAUUUAUAUGUUUGGGUAGUUUUGUAUUUUUAGGACAUAUAAGAUCACCAUUACUUAGACUCRUCGAUCCAUUAGAGCCACUCUUAAGGACUUUUUCCCAAAGAAUUGGUGGUUUUGGUCCAUUGCAGUCAUUAUUUGGCAGAUACUUGUGUGGCAAUUCAUUAUUCAAACAAUUGUGUUCAUUGAUAUACUAUCUUAUUGGAGGAUUUGAUGUGGAAAAUACUGAUAAAUCUUUAAUGCCAAGACUUUGGGCUCACUUUCCCGAUGCCAUCUCAACACUGGUUGCCUCACAUUUAGGACAAAGGAUUCAUUUCAAUACAUUCAGUCAUUUUGAUUACGGUAUUCAAAGAAAUAGUGAAAUCUAUGGCCAACUAAUACCACCGCAAUAUAAUUUGUCACAAAUUGAUUGCAAAUAUAUUGUAUUGAUGUCAGGUGUUAAUGAUUUUUUAUCUGAUAMUAUUGAUAAUGAUAAUCUAAGAAAUCAUUUAAGAGUUUAUGAUUAUAUUGUGCCUCAAAACCAUUGGACUCACGGAGACUUUCUCUAUGGUCUAAAUGUCGGACAUUAUAUUAAUAAACUUAUUCUU